AGUUGACAAAUCGCCUAUAAAUAUCGUAACUUAAUAAAAAAGAACCCAAAAGAGACAAAAUUUUAUUUUGUUACCAUAAUUACAUAUUUCUUUCGAAUAAAUCAAAAUCUUUCUCUGCAACUCCUAAAAUCCUUAGAGAAAGAAAAAAAAGAAAAAAAAAAAAAGCGCUUGUUGUAGCAGUUGAAGCAGAAAAGAAAAAGAAAAAAAAAACAGAGUAACGAAUCCAACAUCACAAAACAAAACACAAACUAAAAAUGGCUCUGAACAGUGUCUCAUCUGAAGAAUUUAGCUUCCCAUCGCUAGCUUCUCAUGAUCCUUCUCACCAUUCUGGUCUCGAUUCACCUCCUUUGUGGAAACACUCGCCGGUUAACUCCUUCCGCCGGAAAGAUUACGACUUUGGUUUAGCGAGAUUACUCAUUGGAAAAGACGAUGAUCAUGAUCAGAGGAAGAGCUUCUCGUACGUGGAGAUGAGAAGUCGUUGGAUGGACGACAAAGAAGAGGAGAAAAUGGAUAUGUUAUGGGAAGAUCUCAACGAAGAAUUGCCUCCAAGAAGCCAGAGUUUAAGGAUUGAACCUGGCGGUGACGGUGGAGAGAAGAAACCGUCUUUGUUUUCCGAUGAAAGCUCUGCCGUGGCCGUGGGGUGUGGGAUGAAGUUAUCGAAGAAGACGAAGAAGAAAAAGAAUCUGAAUGUGUUGGUGUUGAUGAGGGUUUUGAAGAAGCUUAUUGUGUUGCGAAGUUCGUCUCAGAGAUCGACGGUGAAAACUCAUCCACGGUGAUCGAUCUCCACCUUGGUAAUUGUGAAUUUUGGGGUUAUUUUUUAGAGUUUAUAAGUUACGGGGCUUUUGUGGAGCAAAAUUGUAAUUGUUUGAAAAAGAUUUAUUAGUAGUUUGAGUGGUUCACAAAAAUUAAUUUUAGGGUCCUAAUAUUUUUAAUAACACAUCUGGAGUCUUUUUUUUUUUUUGGUUUCUCGUCUUGAUUCACUUGCCAGUUGCGUGGGGUUUGAUUUGAAUAUGUACGAAUUUACAAGACGCAAAAUGAAAGAGGGUCAGAAUAUUAGGGUGCAAUAGUAAAGGAAGGUAAAAGUUAUUUAUCA